AUGUACUAUCAAGAAGAACCUGUUUCUGCUUUAGUUAUCGAUAAUGCUGGUUUCGCUGGAGAUGAUGCACCACGUGCUGUAUUCCCUUCGAUUGUAGGUCGUCCAAGACACACUGGUGUCAUGGUAGGAAUGGGACAGAGAAGUUCGUAUAUUGGUGAUGAAGCACAAUCAAAGAGAGGAAUCUUAACUUUGAAAUACCCAAUUGAACAUGGAAUCGUCACCAAUUGGGAUGAUAUGGAGAAACUCUGGCAUCACACUUUCUACAAUGAGUUACGCGUUGCCCCAGAGCAACAUCCAGUUCUCUUGACAGAGGCACCACUCAACCCAAAGGCCAAUCGUGAGAAGAUGACCCAAAUCAUGUUUGAAACUUUCAAUACCCCAGCCAUGUACGUUGCCAUUCAAGCGGUUCUCUCGUUGUACGCAUCUGGUCGUACCACCGGUAUCGUUAUGGACAGUGGUGAUGGUGUCUCCCACACCGUUCCAAUCUACGAAGGUUAUGCCCUGCCACACGCCAUCCUGCGUCUCGAUCUUGCUGGUCGUGAUCUCACUGACUACAUGAUGAAGAUCUUGACUGAACGUGGAUACUCUUUCACCACUACAGCGGAGCGUGAGAUUGUUCGUGACAUCAAAGAGAAACUAGGAUAUGUCGCACUCGAUUUCGAGAAUGAGAUGCAAGUAGCUGCCAACUCGCUGUCUAUCGAGAAAUCCUAUGAACUACCCGAUGGACAGAUCAUAACGAUUGGAAAUGAACGAUUCCGUUGUCCUGAAGCAUUGUUCCAACCAUCGUUCUUGGGAUUAGAGUCAGCCGGUAUUCAUGAGACCACGUACAAUUCGAUCAUGAAGUGUGAUAUCGACAUCCGUAAGGACUUGUACGCUAAUGUCGUCCUCUCUGGUGGAUCUACUAUGUUCCCAGGUAUUGCUGACCGUAUGCAUAAGGAAUUGACAGCACUCGCACCAUCAACCAUGAGAGUCAAGAUCAUCGCUCCACCAGAACGUAAAUACUCUGUGUGGAUCGGUGGUUCCAUCUUGGCAUCACUUGCCACUUUCCAACAAAUGUGGAUCUCCAAAGAGGAAUACGAUGAGUCUGGUCCAUGUUUAGUUCACAGAAAAUGUUUCUAA